UGAAUCGAUGUGGGACCAACUCAGGUCGUAUGCUCCGCACGCUUUCCACGAGGCUACUCGGCAGAGUGCUCAUCGGCAAGGAACAUCUCCUUCCGAUAAGAGGCAUUAUUGGGAUGCCUCCCUCGGAUCGCGUAUGGCCGUCUGUACUGAUAGUCUGCACAUCCGCAUCAACCACUUUGACGGGAACUGCGCCGUGUCGCCUUUCUGCAGACAGAAAUUAGGUGCCUUUCUUCAAGAAGCACCACCACUUUCACCGGCCGAGGAGAACCCGCUGGCCUCGUCUGCCCUUGCGUGACGACCGCUCGCCUUUAAUAUACCUGUUGCGUGUGUUUGUACUAGGCGCUCCACGAAGGACGUCACGGACCGCCCCGCCGCCGACGCUCCAAGCGGACGCGACGGGAAGUAGGACGGCAAAGCCGCGCCGGCAGAAGACGAAGCCCGGCGUUUUUUGCUCGCGCCUCGUACACCGGAGCCGACGCGUUGUACCUGGCGCGCUAGACAGAGCGCCACGCCUCCGUGCAGCACCGUCCUGUGUGUCGACCACGCGUUGGGAUUACGCCCCUAGUGAUUGUGCAGAAGGCUGCGCAGCCUGGUGAUUGUGCCCGUCUUCUGCGAAGUGCCUUCAGUGGCAACGCGGCCUUCGCUGUGAGUGUGUGCGUUUUUUCGCGUAAUCGAAACUCCUGUCGAGUGACGCGCGUAUUCUGCACGUUUUAGCCAGUGUUUUCUUGUCGAUCAACGAACAAGUUUCUGCAAGUGAUCAUUGCCGAACUAGCAGUACAGAAAGUUGAAAUUGCCGCGCAGUUCUCCGUGCUUCCGGUUUCGGAUUUCCUCACGAUUGCCGGACAUCUGGCAGGCUCCGAUCGGAAGCGUUCUCACGUAACCGGAACUUCUUUCGAGUGACACGCGUAUUCCGCGCGGCCAGUGUCCUAUUGUCGACCAACCACUUUGAACAAGUUUCUGCAAGUGAUCAUCGCCGAACUAGCAGCCCAGGAAGUUGCAAGUGCCGCGCAGUACUCCGCGACUCCGGUUUCGGUUUUCCCACGAUCGCCGAACGCCGCUAAUUCUGAGCUUGGCGGACAGAGUUUGUGCCGUUGCUUCUUCAUCUGCCUACUUCUAAUCGAUGGUGUAACAACGCGAAAGAAAAACGAACGGGAACACAAAAGAAGAGAGUUGUGGUUGUCUGUAGGCAGCGAUUUUGGUUGGCCUGUCGGUAAAACUCUUCGGUGUUGUGACGGCAUCGUCCUGUGCUCGUCUCCGGAGGCAUUCGCAUUUUGCUGCGAAACUGGUGUGCGCGCGCCAGAGUGUCCAUCGUUACGAGCGAAGAGACAACCAUGGGUGCGUACUACGCAACGCCCGAGUUGACGCCCGAGCACGAGUUUGCUCCCGAGGUUGUCGGGGUGGAGCAUCAGCACGGCACGCGAGUCGAAAUCGAUUCGGGGCCCAGCGCGGCAAGGCUGGACCUUAGGCAGAAGAGCGCGGCCGCCGACAACAUGGCUGACCAAGAAGACCAGCAGCUGAUCGGCUUCGACGACAGUCCCGUGGUCCUGCCGACCGAGUCAUCCAAGAAGGUCGCCACCGCAGCGCCUAGCGAGGCCGAGCAAAUCCUCAACACCCUGAAUGCCGAGAAGAGCCAACUGGCGGGGGCUACCACCACCAACGGGCACAAUGGUGACGCCGUGGUCUCCACCAAUGGCCACAACGGCGACGUCGCACCCAACACGAAUGGGCACGACGAACAUGAGAAGACGCUCAACGGCCACGUGCCCAAGGCUAACCACAUUGAGGCUGGGGAGCCCGUCUACACCGAAGUCCCAGAGGACAACAUCUACGAGGAAGUCAUACCCAUGCAGGAUAACAAGCCUCAAAUCUUGCCGACUGCUCAGACAACCCCGACAGAGAGCACGGGUGUCCUUUACGACGACUCAUCGCUGUCCAGCGAAGUGUCCGCGGAGCUGUCUCCACCUCCCUCCAACAUCGGCGACUGCGGUUCCAACGGCACAACCUUGUCUGACCCCGAAUGCGACGCUGCUAUGGCCGAAGCGUCAGCGCCGGAGUCUCAUUCCGACAUUCCUUUCGUCGUCGUCCAAGAAUCCACGCCUGUGGACUCGGAACAGUCCAACGACGAGCAAGACAGUGCCUCGGAGGCCAUCACGGAGGUAGCAAGCGAUGUCGAGCCGGUAGUUGUCGAAACUACUAGCUCGACAACCACUGGCUCGCCAGCUUCAGAUGAGAGGCCACCCAAUGAACAUUGCUGCGAUGCUCAGCCAGUAGUGUUGGCCGGGGAGUCGCGCCUUGGUGACGUCGAGUCUGAGUUCACGAGGGUCGACGACGUUCAGUUUGUGGAACCCGAGCUCGCGGCGUGCUGCUCCGUCGUCUCCGUGACCGACACAGAACCUGCCGUUGAAGAGUGUAGCUGCAGCAUUGAAGCAGUGACGCAUAUCGGGGGCACCGAUCCCGGCAUUGAAGAGACGUCUGCACAGGAGCAAGCCCUUUCUGUAGAGCAUGAACUGGUCCACGAUCCUGCAGAGUGCCAAGAUUUUACUAAGGAGGCGGGGACUGCGUCCCCUGCCUGUGAGCAAGAAGAGCGGGUCGCCGAGCCACCUCCGCUGCCGACUGUGAGACACGAGUCGCGUCACCUGAAGCAGAGCGUCGAAGACAGCAUCGUUGCGCGCGAGAUUCGGGCCCAGAAGGAGCGCGAGGAGAUGAUCGCCCGGGAACGAAAGCUCGCCCAAGAAGCGGCGAGGCUUAGCUCUGCAGCGCCCGAGAAACCAUCAUGCGACAGAGCGCCAGAGACGCCCAAACCUGCGCGACUCACAGCGCCUCAGCUGUCUAUGGCAUCGGCGACGUCACCUCCUAGCGUUGUCUCCAGUCCCGCACCGUUCCCCGCUCCCAUCGAGAAGCGGUUCACGUGUCCGUCCGACUCGAAGAUUGCCGACGAAAUCCGGGAGCUCCAGGAGCGGGAAGAAGAGCUGCGGGAGCUCAGGGAGCGCCUGCACAUCCAGAGCAAUGACCACCACAAGUGCAGCGAGGUUGGCAGCAGUGGCAAUGAAGACGGCGUCGCUGUCAAUGACGUGUCCAGCCCGGUCGCAUCUGUGACCUCAAGCAGCGGACUGUCUCGGACCGUGAGUGUCGAGUCGAUUCCUCCGAGCGGCUUGACUUUUUUCGGACCACGCAGAAAAGAGAAGAUAACAGUACGACCCCUCUCGGAUGCCACAGAAGAUUCAGUGCCGUCCCCGACUUUUGUUUCGGGCGAGUCGCCGAUAGAACGUGAGAUACGGCUAGCACGUGACCGGGAAGAGGCCCUCAGGAAAGAGAAGGGGCUGCUGGGACAACUCCAGGCGGAAGGAUUCAUCAAGAAGGGUGAAGCGGCCUCUCCAAUCAAGGGUGCUAAGGUCGUCCCUGCGUCCAUGGGGCUUCGCGGAGUCAGCACGCAAAAGAUCCUUGCCACAUCCCGAAUCCAGCAAGAGAUCGAAGAACAGACGCAGCGCGAGAUGGCUCUUCGAGAGUCCGGACACAUUCAAACCAUCUCACAGGAGAGGACCGACUCCAAGGUGACCAGGAUAGGAAACGAAACUGUCGUCGCGUCACCUUCAACGCCGAUCGCCUCUGCUACGAGGAGAGUGGCACCGUUCGAAUCGUCUCUGCCUAAUGUUGAGAUCUUCGAGAAAACUCCAGCCCGGGUCUCUUCUCCGACGACCUCAGCCUGCGGUGUCGCCUCGGCUGUGGCCAAGGCAGCCAACGGCCACGUUCACGCCAAUGGUCACGUUGUGGUAGCGAAGGCCUCGCCCGUUGCCAAUGUUCGCGGGGUGAGCAUGCAGAAGUUCCUUGCAAGUCGUGGCAAGGAGCUGGCCUUCACCAGUCCCCCAUCACCUCAGAACGGCGACAAGCUGGAGUACCGGGAGCUGAAGCCUCCGCAGCUGCAGAAGGGCGCAGUUGAUGCCGUCCGCAAGGGCCUCGUCACGGCGGAGACGAAGAUCCAGGAGGAGAUGCGUGCCAUGAAGGAGCGCGAAGAGGAACUCAGACGUCAACGCCUUCGACUUCUCGGCCAGCCCAACCUGGGUUUGUUCGAGGGAGGCACAUUGGUCGACGCGGAUCACGCCGUUGAUGCUGGAGAGGCACCCGCCCUGCACUGCGUUGCUAGUGAUGCAAGCCUUCUGGAACAUGCCGCUACCGGUGGAUCCCCAGAGGCCUCCAGCCAGGCGUCCAACAGUGUCCCCCGGCGCCGCAGUGCCCUCAUCGCACAAUGGGAACAGAUGAUCCACAGCACCGACGUCGCCAAGUCGUAAAAGAAAGAGAGAUUGUCAUUUACUUCAGUAUGCAUAUAUAUGUAUAAAGGCCGAUAAUCUAUUUCUGCCAGCCCAGUGCGACGCACAGUACUUCAGAUCGUUUUGUAUUUUGCCUUAGUGAAAUCUUUUCUUUCUUUUUUUUUGAAUGGGUGUCUUUCAAAUAAUGCUGCACCUGUGCUACGAAUAGUGUUUGUACACAAUGAGCUGGUUUGCAUUGAUGAUUUUGAAGAGCAGCUUACUCAAGGAAUGAAGCAAGAAUGAAGAUGUGAAGCGUCAUCGUGAUUGGCAAGAAAGUGUUGUUGGUUUGACAUGUUGCUAUUUUCUAGUGCAAAGAAGGGAGGGCAGAAGUUAAUUUUCUCGUAUUGUACGAUGCUAGGAGAUCAUACAUACGAAAACCACACCUGGUUUAAACCCAGCGCGUGCUUGAAGGCCCCAGUGUAGUCGGUCUCCACUAUGAAUUCUGCCCACAUCAAGUGGGCUCCUCUGCAAAUAGUGGCCUUUGUAAUUUGGCUCCGCUAGAAAUGUGUGCUUACGCAUUGGAAGUGGUAAAGCAUCAUUUAAUGAGCAUUUUGCUGAAAUAGCUUUCCAAAUCAGUUUAGGAGAAACUGCAACAUUGCGAUGUUGUCACAUCACCGAGACGUGUUGUCCGCUGUCAACUCUUAGCCUUUGAUGGCGUACACGAGCAGUUAACCUUUGUUGCAUUCUCCAACUUCAAGAAGCCGACCCACGAUACUUUUUUUCUCUCUUUGUAUAUUGCGCUUGGCGGUGAACAUCCAGUGGCAGAAUCGAACGCUACGCAAUGAUCUGGUAUGCUCCAAGCAGUACGACCUGUAUGGCAGAUGCAUGCCUGCGACUUUCACCGUUGCCACAUCUUGCAGCUGUGUCAUGCUUCGCAGUCGCGACUGCCACCGAGUGCAGGGGCGUAGCUUUAGAUACACGUGGCAUGAUGUAAGCUUUAUAUUCUUAACAUUAGGCACCGUGAGGCACACGAAUGCCACCCGUGCUGAUAAUUUGUGUUCGCAGAAGGGUGAAAAGUGAUAUUAAAAAUGUAACUAAUACACACAUACACAUAUAUAUAUUUAUAUAUCUUUGUUUUUGUGGUUAGGACAAAUAUAUUUUGUAGAAACAUACAAUAAAAAUGAUUUCAUAGUCAACCCGUUGUGUUAUCGUGCCAGUUUCGUCUUUGCACUAGAAAAUUGCACCGUUUUUAUUCAUGUGUGUUUUGAUGACUGUACUUCAAUAGUACAGUCACCAACCUAUGGCAACUAUGAUUUCAUAGUCAACCUAUGGCUGCUAAAUAUUUGUUUGUUUUUUUCGACGGGCGAUGGCAUACUAUCAUGCCACGGCAUUUACUUACAAUAUGUUGGCAGCAGUGCUCUCGCUAAGUUUUGUGAAGGGACAACGGUGGCCGUUAAAUACGCGAUGCCAUACCACGAGAGGCUGCUUCACUUCAUACAUAAAAUCGGUCUUGCAGCCUGUAUUUAAUGCACAUAUAUGCAAAAAAUAUUAUGCCUUAAAGGGGUCAUAACACGGUAACCCACCAACCCGUGGUUUUCAGCUAAAAAUUGAAGUAGAUCGGCGAUUGAGCCUGUGCAUAUGUGAAGGAUGUACUGUGAAAGAAUAUUUCAUUGCAAAAUGGGCCCCACAAGCCGCCUACUGUAAACACUGCACAUUGACCGCGACCGCUUUUUUUGCCAUGGCGUGUGUGACGUCGUGUGCUCCAUGGAGCGGAACCGUCGUAUUCUGCCUAAGUUUCAGCCGCUGACAAUCUCUCGAAAUGAAGAAACCUGCAAUAGCUCCGUUGUACACGCAGCUGACCGCGAAACAACAUCGUUGUCUUGACAGAUGCUCGCAAAGCGAGCGGCUCGAAACACCAGUGCUGUCAGACUCUCUGGCCGCUUGUGUGUUCAUAAAAAUGUUCAUUAUAAAUUAACUGCAUCACCAAAUGCGCCGAAUUGUCACCAGCUUGUUUGUGAACAACCAGGGAUCAGCCUAUGCAACAAUGAUUAUGAGUGAAAAUUGCGUUUCGUGGCCCCUUUAAGGUAAAGUCUAUGAGAAAAAAAAAAAGAGUGAGGAUAAUGCGCACAGUUUCAUCACGCAUUUUACGCCUACACAAGCUGGGGAACACGUGAUGUGCAUCACUAAGACAAAAUGCCAGUGGCUUUCAACACCACAUGGAGUUUAAGUAGAUGCCAGUAUCUUGUACCACUUCGCUGGAGUCUAUUAUGAGACUGAAAACAAGAGCGCAUGUCCGUGCUCUGGCCUCGUUUAGAGUGUGUCAUUUUAUGGGAAACUAGCAAUGUACAGAGUAGUGUUCGUACCUGUUUUUAAUGUACCCCCAAACAUGGUGUGCAUGAUGGUAUUUUACAGCUGAAAAGUAACAAAAUUACCGUUACGUGAGAUUCUUGGUGUGCAUGCAAUUUCUAUAUUGGGGAAAAUGGCCAAUUUCACAAGCUGCUAGCUUCUCACCCAACGACCACCAUCAAUAUAAAAACGCAGCUGUCAAUUAACACAUUGCCGUCUAUUCAUACUGUUGCACAUUCCAUGUUCAGCAACCAUAGCGAAUAGGGUUUAUGGCCUUUGUCUCAAAAACAAGUUUUUAGCUUGUAGUCUCCAGAAUGCCAAACACUUUCGCUGCUGCUUCAUUUCCACAAGCUUAAAGGUUCCAUAACAGGGCCACUGCACAAUUUGUGAUUUUUUUUUGGUGAUAGCUAUUAUUACAUUACAAUUAUAGUUACACAUUAAAUAAUAAUAAUGGAGGGUCCAUUAAGCCCAUGCAUAAAUAAAAAGUGUACAGUAAACAGGCCCUAGAAACCACUGGGUAGUAGAGCCCGCCAACCGCUCGCGACUGCUAUUUUGGCAUAGCGUGUGUGACGCCAUCUGCUGCAUCGAGCGGCGCCGUUGCCUUGUACCAAAGUUUCAGCAGCUGCAAAUCGUUCGAUUUCAGCACCAAACUGAAGAUAUCUCGAUUUCACGUGCCGCUCGCACAAAAGGCUGCUUGUUACUUCACGGCUCGCGUGUGCGCCAGUGCUGUCAUACUCUCGGGUCACUCGCUUGUUACUAAAUAUAGUCAACUGCAAUACUAGGUACUCGACCAAACGCACUGAAAUUUCGCACGCUUAUUUGCGAACGCAGAAUGGUUAACCCACAAAACAGAUCAUGAUAAAAAAAGGAUGUUAUGGCAUAGCCCCUUUAUUGUUGUGUAGAGUAACUUCACUCAGCGAGCUUUUUCCAAGAAAGCGGAGUGCAAUCGCUAAGCCAAACCAAGCGAGUUUUGUUGUCAUUUUUGGUGGCAAGAGCGAUGACUGUUGCUUGGAAACUAUAAGCUGCUGACAAGGAUAUAUAUUGUGCCUUAUCCAACUGUCCCACAAAAGCAUACUUUUUCGGGCUUAUAGGAAAAAGCGUACACCUUAGAAUAGUGUGAAAAGGGUACUCGUGACAACUUCACUCAGUACAAUUAGUGUGUGUAGAUUACAGUAGCGCACUUUGAGUUGUGGUUACUCUGAUAGCACACAGUAAAAAUAGUGGCUAUGACAAAUAUCGUACGUCAUUAUGUAUGUCUAACCGACUUAUGGGAUGUGAUGCCUGGCACAUCUACAAUGUAUUUCUUUCGUGCGCUAUGGUACUGUGAGUGAACGUUGCUAUACCCGUAGUGCGCAGUGUUGGCACAACGCCUCCUUUAUUUCUUUCAAUGCCAAUGCGAACCCGCGCUUAUCAACGGGAGCCCUCGGUCAACCUUAGUUCAGAGAGUGGUCGUGAUGCGACGCUGCAUGAGGGGUCACGCUGCUUGCGUCACAUGUGCUUCCGAGCGCUUUCCCCCAAGAGGUGCGAUAUACGUGUUUCCCACUACAGUAUCGUAUGUCAGUCAUAUCUGUCCCUUCGUGCUCCUUUUUUUGUGGCUCGAAGCAACACCGCCACUGCAUCAUGGCGCAGCGCAUCUAGUACCGUUGCAGUGACGCUUCCCCAUUGGUUGCCUGCAUAGCGCCACGAACGGCGAUGCGCUAUCUCAAAACACCGUAUCUUUUACAGAGCCAGCGUGGCCGCCAGCAUAGUGAACACAAGGAAUGGAAGACGCCGCCCCACGGAUCUGUACACAACUGAACAAAAAUUAUGAUUUCCAUCGUGAGACACUGCAUGAGGGGGCUUCCUCCCCCAUGACAGCAAAGCACACGCGAAGGGUAGGCGAUGGGCGAGAGCAGGGAAGGGGCUAGAGGAGAGGAUGGUGAACGGCUAGAUCGGGUGCAUCUGGCUGGCAUUGAUAAAAUAGAGGAGGCGUUGGUUGGCAAAUGCUGCUCUUGUAAUUGAAGCCAGCCUAAUGCACUUGUUUUUUUAAUGACACUUUCAGAGCGGUAUAAUCGCUUUCCUUGUUUCGUGUCUGUUUUUGAAGUACUGCCAUAGCUACUUACAUAAGUGCAAGAUGCGUGGGGAAUCGCCUCCAUAACGAGCUCGCACGACUUUAAUUUAUUCUUUUAUUUUUGGCUGAGGGGAUAGUUGUGCAGGUGUGUGGAGCCCUGAAAAAGUUCUUAUUACGAACCAUUGUUUUCCUGCAAGCCUCUGUGUUGCAUUCCACACUUCUGUACUUAGAUGCCAUUGCUGCUAAAGUAACAGAAGUGCACUAUUAAUAAACGUAUUUGGAAUGCCACAGGGACAGUCGCACUAACGAGAAAUUAAAGUCAUGCCCGUUUCAUAGCCGUGCUUGCAGUUAUGCAUAAAUGCAUAAAUUUGCGUCCGCCAGCCAAAGCACGGCGUUCACAAUUGCACACGUAGCCACCUGAGUGUUUUUGGAGACAAAUUGUGUGAGUGAGAACGUAUGCACGAAUAACUCAUAGUCGAAUUCGUGUGUACGAACUGGACAUGGUUGCCUGUGUGAAAUGUGAACUGGUAAAAGGUAGUCCCUUCAUUUGGUGAUUUAUUGGCAAAACAUGUGCACACGUCUCAAUUGACGGUGCAGUGAUGUGAAAAAAUAACAGUAGGGUGUGUUGAGCUUUAAAAAAUUGUGACUCAGAUGUAUAGGAGGUAGCUUCCACGAAGGCACAGUUGACAUGAAGCAGCUGUAACGUCUAGUAACUAUUUGGCCAGCAUUGUCGACGACCAUGUCGGUGGUUCUGCGACGAUGAAUCCUGCUACAGCUUUUAAAAUUUUACGAUGAUAAUCUGUGUCCUAACCAUUCCCUCUUAACGAUGCUAAUAACAUUCUGUACAAAUAGUACUGGCCAACGGUACUAAGAUGAUCGCCAAUCACUUCUCCCCAGAGUCGCCAAUCACCGGCCAUGUUGUAAUGUGUUGUUCACGGUUCCACUUUAUUGCAAUGUGUUGCUCAUGCCUCCUAAAGCAAAACCAGGAUUGUCGCAUCAUUUCUGUUGCUAAUAUGUUUCUAUUUACUUUAUUUACGAGUGUUUCCAACUUAACUUGGGAAGUGAAACUCACAAGAGGAACAGUGUCAUUUCCCACUCAUAAUUGUAUUGUAAAUGUAUGUAAUAGUGGACAGCUAGCCUUGAAUGAAUAUGUUUUAAUUUGUGUUCAUAAAACGGAUCUUUCUUGUGUCAUGCACCAUAGAUUUUUUGCUUAAAGGGACCCUGUAAUACUUUUAUAAGUAGCCAUGAAAGGAGUUUAGUAAAGGAGCUUAUUGUGUCACCUAUUGACCGCUGCAAGAAAAUUUUAGAAUCCGACCAUAGGUGCGCAGUUGCACAGAUGUUUCGCACGAUGCAACUGCUUUCUCUCUUCUAUGGUUCCAACAGAAGCGCUGGCAGCUAAGCACGUAGAAAUGGCGCGUAGAAGAGGGUACGUCACGCGUGCCUCGUGACCUCGAGCCCUUUCUUUGUUGUUGUUGUUUUUUUUCUUCGAACGCGCCGAUUUCAAUGCGAUCGCGCGUUCGAUCUUGGCACGUCGCGAUCUCCCGCGACGACACUCCCCAGCCCGCCAUACUCGUAUCAGCCAACGGCGUGAUAAUCGCACCUAUGACGCUAUGAUUUUUUAGCAUAUAUAGCAAAAUUUGUCGAGCGAAAAAGAGCGAUUUUAAUAAUAAUUGUUGGGGAUUCAACGACCCAAAACCACCAUAAAAUUAUGAGAUACGCUGUAGUCGAGAACUCCGGAUAUUUCUACCUACUGGUGUUUUUUUAACGUGCACCUGAAUCUAGGCACAGGAGCCUCAAUCAUUUUUGCCUCCAUUGAAAAUGCGGCCGCCGUGGCUCGGAUUUGAAUCCGUGACCUGCGGGUCAGCAGCCGAGUGCCUUAGCCACAGUGGCGGGUGAGAAAUCGAUCUUAAGAUGACUUUGAUAAUUAACUGUAAAUUCUAAGCCGAGCGCAGCGCUGUAAUAUUUGGCUCGCAUGUUCUCAAGAAGAGUCCCUGCAGUGUUUUCUGACCAUGCUCAAAAAGCGUUGCAUGGCCGCCUCUCCCAUCCCGUGCAGAUCCUGUUGCAGUGUUCCUUCUGUGUUGUUAGCGGUGAUUGUAAGUUCUGGAUUUUAUGUGGAGCCUUGCAUGCAGCUGGAUUUACUUGAUAUUUCGUCGAUGGUACAGAAUUUGUCAAUUGUGAGAGAGAAGACUUUUCCUUAACUUUUUGCUUAUGUACGAGGGCACUUUACUAACCGUGCGCCGCCAAUUUUAGCGAGUCGUGUAUUUUUGUAAACUUAAUAAAGGACUACACCGGAUACUUUCA